CACAUCACAAGCUUGAUAAAGAAAGAAAGGUUUUAAGGGUUUUCUUGUACCUUUUAAAGUAUUCUUAUUGAAACUUUGCUUUUUCAUCAAUGGCUUAUUCUAAGAUUGCUCUACUCCUCCUCUUCAAUGUCAUCUUCUUCACUUUAGUCAGCUCGACUUCCGUCCCUUGUCCACCACCACCGUCCAAGAGCUACCCCAAGAAGCCCUCACCAUCGUCUCCCCACAAAGCCACAUGUAAAGACGCUCUUAAACUCCAGGUAUGUGCUAAUGUGUUGGAUUUGGUAAAGGUUUCUCUACCACCAACGUCCCAGUGUUGCGCUCUCAUCGAUGGUCUAGUUGAUCUUGAAGCCGCCGUCUGUCUUUGCACCGCCCUAAAGGCUAAUCUUCUUGGUAUCAACCUUAAUGUUCCCAUUUCAUUGAGUCUUGUCCUAAACCAUUGUGGCAAGAAGGUUCCAUCUGGUUUCCAAUGUGCCUAGAGAUUACACAUUUCAAACUGAGUUUCUUAUCAUAACUUCAUUUGUUUCUUGUUUUAAAAAUCCUCUUUUGAUUCUAUCAUUAUCUGUUGUUGUAAUUUGUUACAAGUUUUAUCAAUGAAAUAACAAUCGCAUUCGAUCUCUUA